UCUUGGCGUUCACAUCGAGAGCGAUACAGAGAGCAACAAGUAAAUCCCAAGCCAAAGGAUCACUUCAGAGUUGUUUGCAAAUCAAGCCAUUAGUUCGCGAAACUAUCCGUUUGUCAAAGUUCCUGGCGCCAGAUUUUCCUAAUUUACCGACGCCAAUUCAAUUGCCGGCGAUUCCCAUUCACAUCCAGUCGCAAAGUAUCGUCCAAAAGCCCUUAAAAAUGAUGAAAUUCGUGCAGAUAUUGUUAUGCUACGGCCUGCUCCUGACCCUGCUUUUUGCCUUCAGCGAGGCUCGCCCCUCGGCAGGUGAAACAGGACCGUCUUUUAAGGACUCCGAUGGACUCGAUGGCCAGGAGAUUGAGGACGUGCGAGGCGCCUACGGAGGAGCCUAUGACAUGCCAGCCCAGGCCAUCUAUCCCAACAUACCAAUGGACCGACUGCAGAUGCUCUUUGCUCAGUACAGGCCAAACAGCUACAGUGCCUAUUUGAGGAGUCCCACCUAUGGCAAUGUGAACGAACUUUACAGGCUGCCGGAGAGCAAACGUCAGGUUAGAUACCGGCAGUGCUACUUCAAUCCCAUCUCCUGCUUUAGGAAGUAAGUCCCUGACCGGAGAGGAGGACUAACCCACGUAGCUCUUGGAUAAUUUAACCAUUCAAGCAUUUCAACAAACCAAAAAAAUAGGCCAAAAAUGAAGUUUAGCAUAAUGGAUCAGCAAACAAACAAUUUAACGCAAAUAUUUAGUGCAAUUAAACUAAAGCUAAGACUCAACUAUAUCCAUAUAUAUACCGAUAUAUAUAUAACGUAUCUAUUUAAAUGUCUAAAAAUGAAUGCAAAAACGUUCCAUUGUAGUUACCAAAAAAAUAAAUUAUAAAUUUAUUUCAAUGUUAGCACAAAAGUCACAAAUUUUAAUAUUUCGUUUCUUGAUUUACGCUUUGCAUAUGGUGUGGUAAAAUAAAGUUAAAUGCUUCCUAAAGCUAAUCACAUAAAUUCAGAAUAAAUUCCAAGUAAAUGUUUGCUUUUGUAAAUUUAAGUGUCCCCCAGCUCUUGUAUGAUACAAAAUAUUAUAAAGAAUAAAAACCAGAGGAAUGCAAUUUUGGUGUCGUUUAAUAACCGUAAAAAACUAUACAUGUAAAAUACAGUUCUAAAAUAAAGUUAUUGGUAUAUAAAAUAUAUAAUAAAUAAAUGCGCCCAAGUGUUAAAUUGAAGGUUUUUAUACUCUUUAAGGGAUGGCUUAAUUUAUUAUCUAUUAUAAUAUUUAAAAAUUUGACUGGAAGGUUCUAGCAACUA